AUGUUCUAUGUGUUUUUCAACACCAGCUGGAGGGUUGGAUCAUGGACCUAUGCAGAAGAGAUCUUCCUUGGGUCUAUGCGAGCAAAGGGUAAUGUUCUCAUCACGGCAUCCCUUUGGGUGGCAUUGAUGAUAAAGUUGUAUGAUGGCACAGGCAAAUUCGCAGAUUGGGGAUGUCAUUUAUUGCGGCUUGCGGAGCAAGCUGCGAUCAAGAUGGCAGCCGAAGAACACGUGGAGGAUAUGGGAUCAUCCCCCGGAUGA